UUGAACUGUGAGCCUCAGCUCUCAGCUUUCUGAGUAGCUAGGAUUACAGGCGGGAGCCUCCAACACCAGGCCCAAGUUCUCCAUAUUUUUCCUCUUUGCCCAUGAACCCUAACCCCUGGAGCCCCUCUGCUGACUACCCCUAGGGAACCAGAAAUUUAUGAGAGAAAAGCUCCUUACCCAAAUUUAUUUUGAAACUUAAAAAAUCUGCCAGGGAUUUUCAGGCCAAGUUAUGAGUUUGGGGAUUAAUCUGUUCUCGCCAUGUCCCUCCUGGGAAAGUCAUCACUCUAAGAGCAAGAGUGCUUUGCAGUCUAAAUCUGUGAGCCCCAAUCAUUGUCUGAAAGGUGGCAGAUCACACUGAACAUCUUUAAACCCACAAAUGCAGAAAGGGCCCCAUUUUUCCUGCGAUGCUAUCACUGCUGCCCAGCGGUCGCUCCGAGGAGCUAGCGCCCAGGUCCAGAGGAUGAACACCACGGCGGCCUCUGCACAGCCGAACCUGAAGCCACAGGAAACGACAAGCCUAUGCAAUCUUGGACUAUUUUGUCUGAAACAAGAAGAAAUUGACAAGGAAAGAAAGAAAUGUAAGAGAGAGUCCAGAUUCCAAUGAAACUUGGGCCUGAUCUUCCCCGGCUCCUGGCAGGGGAGCUUUUUUCCCUUCUGAAUUCUACAUUCCAGGACAGGUAUGCUCCUGCUGUUUGUACUAGGUUGCAUCUUCUUCCCACUGUGUUUUGCAACCAUCCGUUGGAGCCUGCAGAACCAUACCAGCCUGAAGAUGGGGACACAAGAGGCUGUUUUGGUGGCAUCAAAGCUAGUGUCCUCUGUCCAAGCUAUCAUGGCGUCCACAGCUGGCUACAUCGUGUCCACCUCCUGCAAACACAUCAUUGAUGACCAGCACUGGCUCUCCUCUGCCUACACGCAGUUUGCUGUGCCCUACUUCAUCUACGACAUCUACGCCAUGUUCCUGUGCCACUGGCACAAGCACCAGGUCAAAGGGCACGGAGGGGACGAUGGGGCGGCCCGAGCUCCCGGCAGCACCUGGGCUGUGGUGCGCGGCUACCUGCACAAGGAGUUCCUCAUGGUGCUCCAUCAUGCUGCCAUGGUGCUGGUGUGCUUCCCGCUGUCUGUGGUGUGGAGACAGGGCAAAGGCGAUUUCUUCCUGGGCUGUAUGCUGAUGGCGGAGGUCAGCACUCCCUUUGUCUGUCUUGGCAAGAUCCUUAUCCAGCUUCCUGUGCUGCCGGGUGCUGCUCUUCCCUUACCUGUACUGGGCCUAUGGGCGCCAUGCUGGCCUGCCCCUGCUCGCCGUGCCACUGGCCAUCCCAGCCCACGUCAACCUGGGCGCCGCUCUGCUCCUCGCUCCCCAGCUCUACUGGUUCUUCCUCAUCUGCCGUGGGGCCUGCCGCCUCUUCCGACCCCGAGGCUCCCCACCACCCUCACCCUGUCAGACCCAGGACUGAGGGGGGGGGGGCUGGGUACUCUCCACACCACACCCCAUGGAGAGAGGGCUCUGGGACUGACAGGGGGUGGGGUGGGAGCCAGGGCCUCUCACCUUGACAGCCCCAAGGCUGACAGGUGGACUCUGAAAGUGGAGAGGGGGGGGAAACACCUUCCCUCAGGGGCUGAGAACAGGUGACAGAAGGCAGGAAGUGGUGGGGGAGCUCUUCUCCCCACAGUACCCCCAGGCUGAGGCUGAGAGCCUCCUGCGCACCUUGUGCUGGGGAUCCAAGAAAAAAAAAAAAAAAAGGCAGAGGGUGUCCAUUCUCUCUGAGGGCUGGAGCGCCAGGGGGAGACCACAGGGACUGAAGGGGACCAGGAGUCAAAAGAUAUGGGUGUGGGCCACUCUGCUGCAAGCCCCUCCUCUGCCCCCAUCACCUGGGAGGAGAGGUAACCCUAACUCAACCCCCCCCCCCCCCGCCCCAUGGGCUGCAUUAGGGCAGUUGCCCCCUAUGGCUUCUCUCUGGGGAGGCCAGCCUGAGGAAUCUUAUUUAUUUUAUUUAUUCUUCGCCCAUAUCACACUAAUCUGUAGGGGUUGGGGGCGGGGAUGUGGCUGCUGCCCCGCCCCCUUGGCCUUCCCAGUGCUGAGCACCCAACCCCCAGGGGCAGAUGAGGGUUGCCCCGCCCCCUCCCACCAGGCUGCGCACGCACCUCACCCUCGGGGCCCUGGCUUGUCCCUGGUGCUACCGACCUCUCAAGGCUUCCUCUAGUCUGGGGUUCCGGGGGCCCUGGGAGGUACUUUACAGACCCAGACCGCUAAUAAAGACGAUCUGCGUGA